AUGGGACCCUUUCAGAUGUCAGACAGUUGUCUCAGACUGCGCCGCCCACCGCGUCUGGUCCGAGUCCUGUGCCUGCGCUGCGCGCCAUUGCGGGACGUGGCUACUCUGCACCGAGGGGUGGCUGCUCUGGCGCUGCGCCAGGAGCAUUUGGAGGAGGCGUUGAACUUCCUGAAAGCUGAUGGAUCUGGGUCGAAGAAGCGGAAACGUGAGGAGGAGGCCAGGACUGUCAUCCAGCUGUGGAAGACUUCUCAUCAGGCGAAGAGCUUUCAGAAGUUGAAGUGGGUGCAACUGAAGAUUGUUCACUGA